AUGGAGAUGAAGGAAGCUAGCGUUAAUAGGAAUUUGCAAUUGCAAGAACUUGAGGAGUUGAGGAAUGAUGCCUACGAGAGUUCACACAUCUACAAAGCAAAGACUAAAGCCUUUCAUGACAAGAUGAUCUCCAGGAAGAAUUUCUCUGUUGGACAGAAAGUCCUUCUUUUUCAUUCAAGGUUGAAAUUAUUUCCGGGUAAGUUACAUUCUCGUUGGGUGGAGCCUUUUAUUGUGACUAAUGUUUUUCCUCAUGGUGCAGUAGAAAUACAAAGUUUGAAAACAAAUAAGGUGUUUAAGGUCAAUGGACAUAGGCUUAAGCCUUACUAUGAAGGUUUCCAAGUUUGCAAUAUUGAGGAGGUGGGAUUGGAGGAGUCGAUUCAUGACUAG